CUUAUCAAUGACUAGAGUAACAAAAAUUGUGCACAGUAAUUCAGGGCAAACUGUUAUCAAGAGGAUAGUCAAUUCAGAAAAUGUGCCAGCCUUGGAGAUUUCCUAGAAAUGUUAAAAAAGGCAAUCAGCGACAAAUCACAUGUGGAGUUUUGACGAUUAACUUGUUUAUUAGUUCAAUGACAAAAACGUCUGUCAGACUCGUGAUAUACUUCGAUAGUAGCUUCACAAAUAUCAGAACCAGCUACUUAGCAAGACUUACAUAAUACUUACUGAAGACAUUCAAUAAAAUUGCC